GAAGGAGUGAAGACUGAAAACAAUGACCACAUUAAUCUGAAGGUGGCAGGGCAAGAUGGGUCUGUGGUGCAGUUUAAGAUUAAGAGGCACACACCACUUAGUAAACUAAUGAAAGCCUAUUGUGAACGACAGGGGUUGUCGAUGAGGCAAAUCAGAUUCCGGUUCGAUGGGCAGCCAAUUAAUGAAACAGACACACCCGCACAGUUGGAGAUGGAGGAUGAAGAUACAAUUGAUGUGUUCCAGCAGCAAACAGGAGGAGUUUACUAAAAAAAUAACAAAAACACAAAAAAAGAACCUGCUACUUUCCGCUCCAGAACUGUGCUCCCACAGGCAACACAUCUACAAUUAGAAAAAUGAGACUUGGUUCAGCACAUCCUGACUACUGCAGUAUAGUUUUCUCUCUCCUCUCUUGAUUUUUUUUUUUCCUAUUCCUUCUAUUGUACAUAAAGUAACUGGUGUAUGUGCACAGACAUAAUGCAUAUUUUUUUUAACUCAAUGGCCAAUGGUAUGUUUUGAUCAACAUUUAAUGGAGAUGGGGUGGGAAAACAAACUGGUUCUGUGAAAAUGCCCCUUUCUCCGUUAGUGGCAUGCUCCUUCUACUUUUAUCUUUAUAUUCCAGUAAGUUAUUUUGCUCUCACUGUUUAAAAAAAAAAACAAAAACCUUGCAUACCUUUUUUGAUUGGAUAAUUUUCAAUGUUUUUCUUUUAUCAUUGUAAAACCAAGGACAAUUUUAUAACUUUUUUGUACGUAGCUGUUACAUGUAGAGCAAUCUCUGUCUAAGUAGGGGUAAAUUACUCUUAAAAAAAAAAAAAAAAUCCUAGAUAGUUUUCCCUUCAAGUAAAGCGUCUUGUUGUUUAAAUAAACUUCUUGUUUAAAAUAA